CUUACAUUAUAUCGUAUCGCACAUCGAUUGCAGCGAGGAAGUUUGAGCGAAGCCCAGUCAGAUAUUGUGCAGUGAGACCAAGCAUUAGGAGACAUGCCAACGAGUGUGUCUGAGUUGGGGUUGGAGCUUGGCGAGAUGAGAAGCAGACGACUCAUCGAAAAGCCCAGUGGAAGAAGAAAAGGCAAGCAGCUGAGCAUCAGCAAGAUCAACCAUGAACUUACAGAAAUCGUAACCAUCCCCUCCUCCAGCUCCGACGACGAAGCAAACACCACUUCUCUGCACCAGAAGGCGGACGAGACCCUCCUGCACCAGAAGAAGAAGAAGAAGGAACCGAAGGUGGAAACGAAGAAGAAGACGGGGGCGAAGGUGGAAACUAAGAAGAAGAAGGAGGAGAAGGAAGAUGAGAGCGCGGCUCAUCUGAAGAAGAGAAAGAACAAGGGGGAAGAGAGCGUGGCCCAUAAGAAGAAGAAGCUGAAGAAGGAAGCGGGGAAAGGGAGCUUAGGGCAGAAGAAUGAGAAGGGAGAGGGAGAGAGUGUGGCACCUAAGAAGAAGAAUGGGAAGGGGCAGGAAGAGAGCAAGGGGACUCUGAAGAAGAAGAGGAAGAAGGAGGAUGAGGAAGAGGGCGUAACGCUUCCGAAGACGAAGGGGAAGGGGAAGAGGGAGGAAGAGAACAAGGGGAAUCUGAAGAAGAAGAAAAAGGAGGAGGAGGACACAGGGGGCGUGGCGAAUCAGAAGAAGAAGGGGAAGGGGGAGGGAGAGAGCAGCAAGGCGAAUCUGAAGAAAAAGAAGAAGAAAGGGGAAGGGGAAGGGCGAGAGGGCGCUGCCACUCAGAAGGAGAAUCAGAAGAAGGCGGGUGAGGAAGUGACACCAGCGCACUUAGAGAUCAAUGAAAAGAAGAAUGAAAAGAAGAAGAAGAAGGAGAAUAAGGGGAACGAGGAAGAAAAAUUGGCGAAUUUGAAGAGCAAUGAGAAGAAGAAUGAGAAGGAUGAAGAGAAGAAGAAAAAGGGCGGGGCACAUUGUGGAUACAAUUUUCCAAUGAGCAGAAUAGAGAGGAUUGUACGGAGCGAUUGCGACGAUGUCCGUAUCUCCCAAGAAGCCCUCUUUCUCAUCAACAAAGCUUCUGAGGAGUUCCUUCAACAAUUUGUUAAUGAUGCAUAUGCAUGUUCAGUUAAGGAUCGCAAGAAUUAUGUUUCUUACAAGCACAUAGCAUCAGCAGUUAGCAAAUGCAAGAGAUUUGACUUUCUAUCAGAUUUUGUUCCUGAGAGAGUAUCUGCUGAGAAGGCUUUAGCAGAGAGAUCAGCUAAGACAUGAGCUUGGGCCUUCAAAGAUCCAUCAAAUAUGUGCAUUUUAUCUGUAUGCGAUCUGGCUGAUGAGCAAAAACAAGAUUUCCUUCAUGCAUUAACAAAAUUUCCUUUGUGCAUUUCCAUGUAGCUCAGAAGGAUCUCAGUUUUGGUGGACCACACAACAUUUAAUUGAUGCAGUUUCUAUGCUUGUUGUAUCAAGUGCAUAUUUCAUUGAAGAACAAUAAUUUUUAAUAUUUUAGCCUCAAUUAUGGUAAGGGUGGAUUUGUGUGUA